ACUGCCCAUGGACGAGGCAGAUCGGGCCACUGAGCGAGUAACGUCCGGGGGGUUUAUUUGCUUUCUUGCAAUGGCUCCAGUGACAGAUCCGAACAAGUGGGAGCGACGCUGAUCUCCAUGGAGCCCCCUCCUGCCUCUGGCUGCUGCACCGGCUGCAGUGUGUGAAGCCGCCCCAGCCAGGACGGACCAUGAGGGGCGUCUUUGGCUUCAAGCGGCUGAGGCUGAAGAUCUGGAGGAGAUGCACGCUCCUGUUCUUCCUCUGCUGGGCUGCCUGCUGGCUGCUGGGCAGCACGUUCCUCUUCCUUGUCCACAGGAGCGUCUUCUCCGAGCGCUGCACGGACGAGAAAAGCCACAGGAUCCUGGCGAGGCUGUGUCUUGACUACAGCAAAGGAGCCCUGACUGGCGACCUUUGUGAAGACUUGUGCGUGGCACAGAAGCUGGUGUACAAACAGUGCCUUUACUACGACAGAGGUAAGAAGGUCAUCCAGGCGGACUGGAAAGGCCAGCCAGUCAUCUUGAAAUCCAAAAAGGAAAUCUUCUCUAGCUACCAGCAUCUCAGAUUGCUUGAUGAAGUGGAAACACAGGAUGUUCCUGAGACAGAGCUUCUGCUGAUGGUAGCUUUGGAGGUCAAAAAUGUCCUGGGUCUGGAAUUAUCUAACAACACCAUGGGACCCUUAUGGACUAGGAGGAGAGGUCUGCAUUGGAAAGCACAAGUGGCCAGCAUGUGGUCCUUACUCCAGCAGGAAGAAUACAUCUACUUCAGUCUACUGCAGGACUUCAGCAAACAUGUCCUACGGGUCAUCGGCUCCUGUGGCCACUUCUAUGCUGUGGAGUAUCUCACAGCCGGACAUGCCUGGCACAAAACUAUUUUUCCUUUGGAGGAUGCAGUUGGUCCCUCCUUCACUGGCACUAAACGCAAGGUGAAGGCAAUAACUGACAUUGCACUCAGCUUCCUAGAUAUGGUGAAUCAUUUUGAUAAUGAUUUCUCUCACCGGCUUCACCUGUGCGAUAUCAAACCAGAGAAUUUUGCUAUCAGAAAUGAUCUCACGGUGGUCGCCAUUGAUGUGGAUAUGGCCUUUUUUGAACCUAAAAUGAGGGACAUCCUUGAACAGAAUUGCACAGAAGAUGAAGACUGUAAUUUUUUCGAUUGCUUUUCAAAGUGUGACCUGAGAAUCAGAAAAUGUGGGGCAGAGAGGGCCAACAACAACCUGCAAGUCAUCUGUGACAAAAUAUUCCGUCACUGGUUUUCUCCAAAUCUCAGGGGACCCACAAUUUCCUUCCCUCUGCAGUUGCAGUUGCAAAAGGCUGUUCAUGAAUGUGCCAAACCAGAGCCCAAGGACUUGACACAACACCAGCAAACGUCUCUGCAUUCUCUGUCUGAGUUAUACCAUUUGCUGCAAGCCAGUCAAAGAGAACUUCAAAAAGCAGAUGGUUAGCCUGGUGAAAACCAAUGGUAACGAUGAUAUAUAAUAAUCAUCACUGCCAGCAGUCUCUCUCUCUCUCUCUCUCUCUCUCCCUGCCCCUAU